AAGCCCUCACCCAAAAUACCUGGGCCUUUGUAGCACGUUGCCGGUGGGAGGACUUCAGGUGUAUAAAAGCUGCAUCAGCAUCCAGCCACACAGAAAAGAGAGACUGCAAGAAGAAAGAAGAUCCUGUCUUUGUCUUGCAGCUGCUUUUAUUUGCUUCUUCUCUGCAAAGAGAAACUUCUCUGAAGUCCAAACCUCCAACCAAACAAAGUUGUAAAGAUGAAUGCAGGAGUCACAGGAAGCGGAAAGGCCGCCCCUCCCAAGUUCAAGCAGAAGGAGACCAGGCAGUUCAAGAGCAAGGCUCCCAAAGCCGGACAGAAGGGCAUGGGAAACGAUGUCCCUGGGAUGGAAGGCCUUGGAGAUGCUAACGUGGUCUGCCCCUGGGAGGCGUUUGGCGACAUGGAGCUGAGCGACCUGGCGCAGUUUGGCAUCGUGUAGAAUCCACCCUGGA